GGGCGCGUUGGAGCGGGUGAAUGGAUGACGUCGGGAGACUGGCGCCAGGCUGUCUGGGACUGGCGCGUUAGAUCAACACAGCUGGGGUGGAAUAGAACACAGCUGGCGCGAGGGUGCAUUCCUCCACAAAACAGGAUUGUGAGAAAAGGGGAAAAUAAGACCAAAUUGGAACAGAGGGGUCCCGCUUUCAUGUAAACUAAAAACGCAGGGGUUAAAAAGCAAGAGGGCAAUCUAGAAAGUAAUUUGAAAUAGGAUUCAUUCCGAACUCAGGGGUAGUAUCUGGAUUUUAAUCUUUAUUUUAUUGAGAUGACAAAUGUCAAGGAGUAACGUUUGAGAGCGGCUUUGGGAUAUAGGCAGAGUCCAUGCAAUAGCAAGUUUAUUUUAUUACAAUGAUAAUACAAUUAUAAGCUAAUGAUAACGAAUUAAAAACUGUUACUCACAAUGGCAUUUGAACUUUAAAGAACACAAGUAUGAUGGUAAUGUAAUUUACUAGGCAUCAUAUUUCUAUCCUUACCCACUACUUGAUGAAGAAAAUGUAGAAAACCAUCUCCUCCUUUAAUAAAUAUUAGGACAGGAUUAUUAAGUGUAUCUUAUAUGCUUUGUCUGUCUCUUGACCACUCUUAAAACCAUGUGACACCAGAUGCCAAGGGAGGCACAAAAAUGAUUCCCGACGCAAAGCCUGCGAAGUCACGAGAGGAAAAAAAGUCGUAAUGGUAACAUGUGGCUUCAACUUGAUAAGGGACCCGGAGUGCAACCCUAGAUGUCUGGGCACAAUCUAUGUAAGUGAUUAGGACACUAGUUGAAUCUAUUAACCAUAGCCGACGUGUUCUAAUCACUAUUCAAUGCUCAAUGCAAUAUGCUCUGUUGUUGUUGCCUAAUACCUGAAAAUAGCAGUCUAAUUGCUGGUCAAUCCCUCCGUGUCAUAGUUUGACUUCCUCAUUCACUCUGUCACGUUUGAACAGCCAAUGAUGAACUCCGAAGUCUCUGCACUGGCUAAUCAGAGAACGAGGGUUUAUUUAUUUGUAAGAAAGGGGCGGUGACUGGCUGACAAACGUGUAUAAAGCAACUUCACGCAGAAGGCUAAGUAUUUAAUCUCGUUAUUGCCUCAGUGUGAUUAGUCGACCUGUUACCGAAUUGAAAGACAACACGUCUCGGCGAAUUUCCAAUUGAAUACAAUAACUGCAGGCCACUUUUUAAACAUGAAAGCCAUCAGUCCCAUGAGAUCCGUCAGGAGCUGCUACGAAGCUGUGUGCUGCAUUUCGGAGCAGAGUCUCUCCAUCACCCGGAAUAAGUCGUCUAUGGAGGAACCGGCGGGUGCGCUGUGUGAUAUGAAUGACUGCUACUCCAAACUAAAGGAGUUGGUACCGAGCAUCCCACAGAACAAGUCCGUCAGCCAAGUGGAAAUUCUGCAGCACGUUAUCGACUACAUCUUCGACCUGCAAAUUGCGCUGGAAGAUGAGUCUUCGGCGACGACCGCGCCUGACUUGGUGCUGUCACUAAAGACUGCAGACCUUGCUCGUAAUUUCUCCCAGGAAGACGGAAGAUUGUGCCACUAAGGAGAAGGAAUAUGACUACCAGUAAUUGGUGCAGAGAAACACAUGUCUCCACUUCACUGUGGGCAAGAGGACAAGAGGGGCAGAAAGAAGGGGCGGGAGAGUUGUUUGGAGUGGAGGAAAAGAGGACUCUUUUUUUUUUCCCCUUCAGUUCUCCAUGGAUGGACGGACGGAUGGUUCGACCACUUGUUUUCUACUCAGUCCUUUCCAGUCUCCGUCUCCAGACAUGACAUAUAAAACACACCAAAGCAGAAAAAGAUUUGAAUGGACACCCUUUCUCUGGUCUUCUCUCGUUUGUUUCUCUUAGUUGGGUUUGUGUAUCCAUAUGAGAGACAUUGAACAUUGUGGAUGUUUUUCUUGUUACAUUCCAAACCUUUUGGAUAAGCCUUCCUAAUAUUUUGUUACACCCCCCAUUCUUCUUUCCAUGCUCUCCUUUCUUCUCCUCCCCCCCCACAUGAUUUGUCCUUUAUUGCACCUAUUCUAGAAUCUGAUAUCUUAAAGAAAAAAACCUCCCCACCUAAGUUGAAUUGUGUACAUAUCUAUUUUGGUCUGAUUAAAAGCUUUGGGCGAGAUGUGUUAGAGCAGAGUGUGAGGUUGGUUAGAAACAGAACUCUAUACUAGAGUUGAUUGUAAAUGUUUGUAGGGAUUUUGUAUUUCUACGGACAAUGUCAAAUAUUUGCUGAGUUUUAUAAACUUUUUACAAAAUGUGUGCUUUGUAUGUAUGUAAUUAUGUAAUAAAAUGGCAAGAUUUUCUGAAA